CUGGGGCUGCCAGUGAAGAAUGCAGCUCUCAGCCUAGAGGACAUGCAGGGACAGGUUAGCGAGCGGCUUUCUGUAGCCUGCAGACGGGAACUGGACAAAGGCUCAGGUGGGAGGAUGAGACGGCUCUCAGCUUCAGAGGUGUCGCGCUCAAUCAGGCUCAUGUGGAGUGGAUUUACUCCUUGACUCUUUGACAUGGAAGCCGUGCACUGUCUGGACAACAGGAGAAAGGAUCUGCAUGUGUCGCCAGGAGCCUCAGACAGCUCAGUGGACAUGGACCGCUUGAACAGGAACGAGGCUGCUGUGGGCGGACGGCAGACUCACCAGAUGCUGCAGAGCACCCCCUUGGACCUCUUUGAGACGGGAAAGGGGCUAAAGUUCCAAGCAGAGCGCCCCCACCUGGUCAGCCUGGGAAGCGGGCGACUGAGCACAGCCAUCACCCUACUGCCCCUGCCUGAGGGGUGCACCACGCUGGGUCACGGUCCCGUGGACAUCAACAUCCAGGGCCCUGGGGUCGCCCCCCAGCACUGCUUCAUAGAGAACAGGGGUGGGGUGAUCACACUCCACCCGUGUGGAAACCUGUGCUCCAUCGAUGGACUCCAGAUCAGGCAGCCCUCUCGCCUGACACAAGGCUGCAUGCUGUGUUUCGGCCAGUCCGCCUUCUUCCGCUUCAACCAUCCUGAGGAAGCCUUCAGGAUGAAGAGCAUGAUGCCGCAGGGAGGAGCUGUCUCCACGGGGGCCUUUGGUCUGCGUGCAGAUGCGGAGAGUUUGGUCAAUGGGAAUCACCAGGCUGGUCCUGCCCAGUCCCCCCCAGCUCCUGGAAUCAAAAUCUCAGAGCACAGUGCAAUUGUUAGCUCCAUUGAACGGGACCUCCAGGAAAUCAUGGACUCGUUAGUCCUGGACGAGCCCCCUCCUUCUGCCGCUGAGGGUAAGGGGCCCUCAGAAGCCCACCCCAUCUCCCACUCGCUGCUGUCACCUGUGGUCAAUGGUGGGGGCAGUUACAUGCUGUCCCCUCCCACCAGCCCAGGGGCAAUGUCUGUGGGGUCAAGCUAUGAGAACGCAUCCCCCCCUUUCUCCCCUCUGUCCUCCCCAUCAGCAGCCAGCAGUGGGAGCCUGACAAGCCCAUCUCCUGGUGGGGGACCCCUAGACCAGAGCUCUCUGCCACCAGUGCCUAUACGCUCCUCCAGCUACAACUUCACCGCCCAGCCCCCUCCAGUGCCACACCCAAGGACCAUACUGCCGAACUUCAGCGGGGCUGGGGUAUCCCAGAAAGUUCAGGAAAGCCCCAGGCUUCAACGGAAAACCCCAAUUGAGACCCCCCCAAACCCCAAGCCAAGCCGCCGAGGGCUGGGCCAGGACGAGAGCCCUCGACAGACCUCCUUCUUAUCUUCUAAUGAGUCUCUCAGCAGCAGAAACAUUGUGCCAAGCAGUCCCAGACUGACUCCCAAGUUUCCGACCUGUCCAUCCCCCUCCAGGACCAAGAUCAACACUGUGCUGCAGGACAGACCUGCCAGUCCCUUCAGAGACCAGACACUCCUUACUGACCGCUCCCUCACUUCCAGCCCCUCCAGGCAACUUUCCUCAUCCACCAGAGCGUUCCAACCUCCCCUGGACCCCGUCGUCCACGUCCUGCAGGGAUCCCCGCUGCAGCAGCAACCACGCUCCAUGCAGCCCCCGGAGAGUCCUCGUAUGGCCCGAAGGAACACGGAGCUCAAUGGAGGCAGCAGCAUGAGGGAGCUUCCACCAGUAAGCCCCUCAUUGGCCCGGAGAGGGGUCCCGGUUCUCCCAGGGGCUCUUCCAGGAACCAUCCCCUUAAGAACUCCAGACAGCCCUUCCAACCUGGGGAAACUUAUCCCAGAGAGUCCAAGGCUUCGGCGCAAGACCGGAUCCACUUCAGAAGAGCUCUCGUGCAGCAGAGGGAUCUGGACCCGUAGUCCAUCUCCCACCUCCAUGCAAACAGAGGGCAGUGGGGGAACCGGCUCACAAAAGCAAACCUUUGGGAACUCUUUGUCUUACAGCCUGGGCUCGCUGCCUGGCUCCUCCCCUGCUGCUAGCCCCAGGACACACCGGAAAAUGUCCUUAGGAAGACCCCACCCCGGAAUGAGGGAGAGGAAAAACAGUAUCACGGAGAUCAGUGACAACGAGGAUGACCUGCUGGACUACCACCGCCGGCAGCGCGAGGAACGACUCCGGGAACAGGAAAUGGAGAGGCUGGAGCGCCAGCGCCUGGAGACCAUCCUGAACCUCUGUGCAGAGUACAACAAAGGCGAGGCCGGCCCGCCGGACCCCCUGGGCUCAGCCGCGAUGGGUUUCCCGGGCAGCCUGGUCGAUGGUCUCGGGCGGAGGCCGUCUGUGGAGAACAUCCUGGGAGGGGCGGUGCUCAGGCAGAGGGAGAGCGACGAGGAGAACCUGAAGGAGGAGUGCAGCAGCACGGAGAGCACCCAUCAGGAGGUGAGGACAUCUGCCAGCCCCGCAGCAGCUCUGCACAACGGAGCUCCACAGCACGAGGACUCGUCCAAUCUCGGCGGCAGCAGCCGCUCAGAACUGGCGUACCUAGAGGAGGAGAGGGUCUGCAUUCUGGCCCGAAUAGAUGAGCUGAAGACUCGGCUCACUGAGCUGGAGCAGCAGCUCCAGGAGUCCAAACAAGAGGCUGAGAUGGAGCGUGCCUUGCUCCAGGGUGAGCGGCAGGCCGAGCUUGACCAGAUGGAAGCAGAGACUGACAUCAUAAGUCAGCUGCAGCAGAAGCUGAAUGAACUGGAGAGUGCCAUCCAAAGGGAGAAAGACAAGGAAAGGGCCAAAGUUGAGGCCGAGCGUCGGGCCCUGCAGAGGCUCCAGGAAGGCUACGCUGAGCUCAGGAACCAGCUCCACAACUGUCCCGAGUCCCUGAGGGAGCAGCUGCAGGAACAGCUCAAAAGGGACGGAGAGCUGCUGGAAGCGGGAACAAAGAAGUUUGAGGACCUGGAGUUCCAGCAGCUGGAGAGGGAGAGCAGCUUGGAGGAGGAGCGGGAGACCAUGAGUCAACAGCUGCUUCAGGAGCGAGCCGAGUACCAGAGAGGCGUGGCCAAACGGAAGGAGAGGGCGUCCGCCCUGCAGAAGCAGGCCGAGCAGCUGGGCCUGCAGGCGUCUCAGGAGCGCCAGCGGCUGGCCACCGACAGGACGCUCACGCUGCAGAUGCUGCAGAAGGAGAAGGAGAGGCUGGCGGCGCUGGAGAGGAGCUACAGCAGUCUGUCAGGGGGGAGGAGCUUCUCCAGGUCCUCCUCCUCCGCCUUAAGGGAGGAGUAUGUGACAGUGGGCCAGCUCAGUCAGAUGUUCAGGAUGCCAAAAGUGGAGUCGUCCCCCACCUCCCCCACUUGCCAGCCUCUGCGGCCUGCAGCAGGUGGCCCCGCCCCCUCCUUCCUCCUCUCUGCAGGCUCCUCCCCUUCUCUGUCUGUGGAGAGCCGCUCUGAGUCCAGUCAUCCUCACCUGGCUAAGCUGGACUUUGAGUUGUGGUACCAGGAGCUGGUGACGGCCUCCAGCCGGCCUUGGCCCCGCCCCCGGAUGGGCUGCAGGCCCCAGCUGCAGGUGUUUCGCUCAAAGCUGGACAGCGACCCCGGCCCCUCGCCCCCGCUGUCCGGAUCCUGUUCUCCUCUGCAGCACGGAGCUGCAACGCUGGGAAGAAACUCCAGCUCCAAGAGCCCCCUGCUGGCUGUCAGCAGCACUGGAAGUCUGCCCAGAAACCUGGCUGCCACCCUGCAGGACAUCGAGAACAAGAGGCAGCUGGCUCUGCAGCAGAAAGGUCAGCAGGUGAUUGAAGAGCAGCGCCGCCGACUGGCUGAGCUCAAACAGCGGGCGGCUGCAGAGGCUCAGUGCCAGUGGGAGGCGCUCCACAGCUCGCAGCCCCACCUGGCCGCCGCCCCCUCCCCUUUGCUGACCUGCAGCCCCGCCCCCCUGCUCCACCACUCCAUCCUGCACCACCAGCCGCCACCAGCAGGGGGGGAGCAGCCGUACGACACGCUGAGCCUGGAGAGCUCAGACAGCAUGGACACCAGCAUUUCCACCGGCAACAACUCUGCCUGCUCCCCUGACAUGUGCACAGUCGCUGGCAUGGAGAUGCUGAAAAUUGAAGACAUGGAGCAGAUGCUGAAGGAGGCGCAGCUGGAGAAGGCCAGACUGAUCGAGUGCCGGGAACAGGAGAGCCUGGCUCGCCGUCAGAUGCUGGAGGAGGAGAGGAGGAGGCGGGAGGAGGCUGAGAAGAGACUCCAGGACGAGGCUUUCCACCGGCAGAGGCUGGUGGAGAAGGAGGUGAAGCUGAGGGCCAAGAACUUCUCUCAGGCCCGUCCCAUGACCCGCUACCUCCCAAUCCGCAAAGAGGAGUUUGACCUGCGCUCGCACGUGGAGUCCUCCGGCCACAGUGUGGACAUGUGCCACCACAUCAUCAUCACCGAGAAGAUGUGCAAGGGCUACCUGGUGAAGAUGGGGGGCAAGAUUAAGUCCUGGAAGAAGCGCUGGUUUGUGUUUGACCGCCUCAAGAGGACCUUCUCUUACUUCAGUGACAAACACGAGGCCAAGCUGAAGGGGGUCAUCUACUUCCAGGCCAUCGAGGAGGUCUACUACGACCACCUGCGCAGCGCCACCAAGAGUCCGAACCCGUCUCUGACGUUCUGCGUGAAGACCCACGACCGCCUGUACUACAUGGUGGCGCCGUCGGCAGAGGCCAUGAGGAUCUGGAUGGAUGUGAUUGUCACGGGGGCGGAGGGGUACACGCAGUUCAUGAGCUGAAACGGCGGCGAGUACCCCCCCACCCCCUGUACAGAACCAAAUGUUUACCAUCGGACCUCACCGAGCCUUUCUGUGUUGCCAAAAGGAGAUCUUGUCCUGUUUUCUAUUUUUGUUUCUGGGUUUUGUACUUUGACAGAGAAAAUGCCAAAACGAGUUGAUGUCGGCGGUUGGUCCUGACGGCCGUCCGUGGACCUGAACCCAUUGCUGCAUCGUAAACCAUAGCUCCGCCUUCCUGAGCUUCAGGGUGGUCGGAGGACAGAACUUUCCACAGGUGGCCCAAAAAAACGUCCCCGCAGUCUUAUGGGAGGUUUGGUCACUGCAAGAACUCCAGAAAGGGAAAUUGGUUGGUUUUCAGAAACCAUGACAUCAUCAGUGGGCGGGACAUCCAGAACCAGCUUAAGGAACCUUGAUGAGAAGCGCGGCUGGACCCCCGCCUCACACACACUCGAUAACACUCAACCUUAACCUGCCCCACACUAAGUCCUGAGCCUGAAAGCACGCCUCAUCCGGCGUCUGCAGGCGCCACCUUUGGAUGCAGCAGGACCCUGAAGGUCCACGGUGGAUGUGGAGUUACCCGAGCUUUGAUCUGAGCGUGCUCAGACUUCAGCCAGAGGCCUCCAUGAUCUUUAUUUAAGUCCCGCUCCCUCACAUGUGACCAUGAAACUGUGGUUUGUUACAAACACGUGUUGGAGCACGAACACUGGUUGUUGACCCCCCAUCACUGAUGUGCUGCUUCUGUGUUCUGGCACACAGGACUGCCGAUGCUAUGAGUCAGACCAACAGUAGGGAGCAGCACAGCGUUUUGUUGUAGCUGCAGCUGACAGAGCCCAGGUCAUGGAUACCGAGGUUACAACACAUGGGGCAAUAGCAGCUCUUCACUUCUGUGUGCCGGCCCAAACAGAAUCACAGCAGUCCAGUCACAUCUGAUGUACAUCACAGAGCUAAAUGUUUAAGAGUUUCUUCUAUGAAUAAAUCCUGUCAUUCUGUGUAAAAUUGUGCAAAUAAAUGUCCAGAUUUGACUUUUCA